ACUAAUGAGACUAAUUGUGUAUGUGUGUAUGUGUGUGUGUGUGUGUGUGUGUGUGUGUGUGUGUGUGUGUGUGUGUGUGUGUGUGUGUGUGUGUGUGUGUGUGUGUGUGUGUGUGUGUGUGUGUGUGUGUGUGUGUGUGCAUGUGUAGGUUCUCUGCUCUUCACCAUGCUGCUCUCAAUGGGAACCUGGAGCUCAUCUCUCUGCUGCUGGAGUCCCAGGCCGCCGUGGACAUCAGAGACCAGAAAGGCAUGCGGCCACUCCAUUACGCCGCCUGGCAGGGCAAGGCGGAGCCAAUGAAGAUGCUUCUGAAGUCUGGUUCGUCGGUCAAUGGCCAAUCAGAUGAAGGACAGAUCCCGCUCCACCUUGCAGCACAGCACGGACACUACGACGUGUCUGAGAUGCUGCUUCAGCACCAGUCCAACCCCUGCAUCAUGGACAAUGCGGGGAAGACUCCUUUGGACCUGGCCUGCGAGUUUGGCCGCGUUGGGGUGGUCCAGCUACUGCUAAGCAGUAAUAUGUGCGCUGCACUGCUGGAGCCAAAACCCGGAGAUUCCACCGACCCCAACGGAACGUCCCCACUACACCUGGCUGCCAAGAACGGACACAUAGACAUCAUAAGGCUGCUGAUCCAGGCCGGGAUUGACAUCAACAGACAAACCAAGGCGGGCACUGCGCUGCAUGAAGCUGCACUCUGUGGAAAGACGGAGGCAGUGAGACUCCUGCUGGACAGCGGCAUCAACGCAGCAGUGAGGAACACAUACAGCCAGACUGCCUUGGACAUUGUCUACCAGUUCACUGCUACACAGGCCAGCAGAGAGAUCAAACAGCUGCUCAGAGAUGCGUCAGCAUCUCUUCAGGUUCGCGCGGUGAAGGACUACUGCAACAACUACGACCUGACCAGCCUCACCAUCAAGGCCGGCGACGUCAUCACGGUUCUGGAGCAACAUGCGGACGGCCGCUGGAAGGGCUGUAUCCAUGACAACCGAACAGGAAACGACCGCGUGGGCUACUUCCCGUCCACCAUGGUGGAGGUCAUCAGCAAGAGGACAGGUCUGGCCAGCACAGUCAUUUGCACUCAACAGUUUCAAAAGAUACCACUGGUUCCCCCGGCGACGGUUGCCCCUGCCAACCCGGUAGUCAACGGCAACGAUGCCACGUUCCAUCAGAUCCAUAUCCUGCCUCCGCCACCUCCUCCUCCACCACCACAUUCCCAUCAGCCACUGCUACCACUUUUCACAUCCUUUGGCUAUCACAGGUCGCCCGCGACAACCCCACUGGGAGACACACCCACCACCCCAGGUUGUCGCGGCUCAGAGGCUAGCCCUCAUGGCUCCCCCACCCAGUCCGGGGGGCCCCAUGGCAGCUCCAGCGAGGAGAUCUGGGUACUGCGCAAGUCUGUGGCAGGGGGGGACCGCAGCAGUCUGGGCAGCUCUGGUAGUGUGACCAGUGUGAGGUCAUCGGGGAGCGGCCAGAGUGCUGGCAGCGGGACGCACACACUGCACGCACAGGCUGAGGGAGUCAAGCUCCUUGCCACAGUGUUAUCCCAGUCAGCCAAAGCCAAGGAACACCUGCUGGAGCAGUCCAAGUCAGUGGAGCAGACUUCAGGCUCGGCUGCCUCAUCCCGUACAUCCAGCCAAUCGGGUUGUCCACUCCAUGAAGCGCCACCCUACGAUGCCACAGCAACGAGGAAAGGGGAGGGGCAAGUUGAGGGGAAGAGCUCAGAGGCUGUUGUCCAAUGGCUGAGCGACUUUCAGCUGCAGGUCUACGUUCCAAACUUCCUGGGCGCUGGGUAUGACUUGCCCACCAUUAGCAGAAUGACUCCGGAGGAUUUGACGGCCAUUGGCGUGACCAAGCCGGGACACAGGAAGAAGGUGACCUCAGAGAUAAACAAGCUGAGUGUCACUGAAUGGCUACCAGACCAGAAACCAGCCAGUCUAGGGGAGUGGCUGUCCGCUAUCGGUCUGAGCCAAUACCACCAGGUGUUGGUGCAGAAUGGCUAUGAGAACAUCGACUUCAUAACGGACAUCACCUGGGAGGACCUACAGGAGAUUGGCAUCACCAAGCUGGGUCACCAAAAGAAGCUGAUGCUGGCUGUGAAGAGGCUGGCUGAGUUGCAGCAUGGCUCAGAGGGCCGCGGCUCCUUCAAGAAGAAGCCUCCACCAAUCACACAGCAGCAGGAAGUCAUGUCCAUUGAGAGCCCGCCCCCAGAUGAGGUCAUGUCUCCCAGGAUGACCACCUUCCAGGACAGCGAGCUGAGCACCGAGCUGCAGAACGCCCUUAUCCAGCCAGGGCCCGAGGUCAAGACCCAGCGCAGCCGCACCCUCAGCAAGGAGCACGACGAGGUGCUUGCUGGAGGACCUCCAAAGAAGGAGGCACGGACCAUGAGGCAGCAGAGCAGCACCACCUCCACCAGCUCCUCGUCCUCCUCGGCCGCCCCGCGUGGCAGCGUGUCGUCGCAGGGGAAGCCCCGCCACUCGCACGGCCACUCCCACGCCCACUCCCAGCCCGCGCCCCCCUACACCCCCCCGCACACCCCCACCAAGACCCGCACCUCCUCCUCCUCCUCCUCCUCCACCUCUUCCUCCGUCCAGAGCAGCUCCGCCUCCCCGCAGGGCCCCAAGCCCAAGCCGGGGCCCCAGCUCAUCCAGGGGCCCCUGUCGCCGCGGGCCCACCGGCCCCAGUCCCCCACGCACCGCGCCGUGCCCAACGCCCAGCCCCAGGCCAACGCCCACCACCCCCAGCCGCCGGAGGCCCGGUCGGAGCUGCCCCAGAGCCAGGUGCCCGUCCCGCUCCUCUGCCUCCCCCCGGAGGCGGAGCAGGGCGACGGGGGGGCCGGGGAGCCCAGCGCCCUGCAGAAGAAACGCGCCCACAGCCUCAACCGCUACGCCGCCUCGGACGGAGAGUGUGACGAGAGGGCUGGGGGGGGAGGAGGAGGAGGACGAGGAGGAGGAGGAGGAGGAGGAGGAGGAGGAUUGGAGACGCCCGGGGGUCAGGGCGCAGGGGGAACUAGCGGUGGUGGUGGUGGUGGUGGUGGUGGUGGGGGUGGAGGCGGCGGCGUCGGUGGGGGGAAAUACGCCACGGUGACCCACCGGGUGAGCCGCAGCCACUCGGUGCGCAACCAGGAGAAGAACGUCAACCGCAGCCAAUCGCAGUCCUUCGCCCUGCGGCAGAAGAAGAAGGGACCGCCCCCUCCGCCGCCCAAGCGCUCCAGCUCGGCCAUCUCCACCUCCAACUCCAACCUGACGGAGGCACCGCCCGCCCACAGCACGGCAGGCGGCCUGCUGGACGUGCCCUACCUUCAGCAGCGCCGCGCCAGCGACCUGGGCGUCUCCGUGGAAACCAACAGCAUGGGAAGCGUGCGGAGCAUCGCCGCCAUGCUGGAGAUGUCCUCCAUAGGGGGCGGGGCCAAGGGCAUGGCGCUGCAGAGGAACUUCCUCCAGGUGGCGCCAGGCGGCAAGAUGCGGGACGCCAUCGGGCUGGACGGCGAGGUGGUCAACCGCCGGCGGACCAUCAGCGGGCCGGUCAGUGAGCUGGUGGCGGCCGCCCGGCGGGACCAGCCCAUGGUCCUCUACCUCGCUCCCGCCCCCAGCCGCAAGCCCGCUCACACCGCCGCCCCGGAGCAUCACAACGACUGCCCCCGUGUCACGCAGCCCGUCGCUCAGCCCUCGCCCUCUGCCGCCAUCGCCACCGCCGCUUCCCCCUCCUCCUCUUGCACCACCUCCUCGCCGCCCCCGCCCUCGUCCCCCCGGCCCGGCUUGAUCGUGGGCAGCGCCUCCCCCCAGCCAGGCUCCGGCGGGGGCAGCUCGGCGGAGAACAUCCCCUUCGCGGAAGAGACGGACUUCACCGUCCGCCGUCCGGGACGAGGAGAGGGAGAGGGACAGUGUUUAUUUUGUGUUUGUCUGCAGGGGGACGACGGCGGCGUCCGCUCCGACGGCGAGGGUGGUCUCCACGGCGACAACGUCUACACCCAGGAGGACCUGUCCCGGGUGGACGCCACGGCCACCAUGAAGCGCCGGCCGCGCGGCUCCAGGCCCGCCGGCGACCCCAACGGCUCCCGCUUCACCCUGCAGGAGUCGUCCACCGUGAAGCGCCGGCCCAAGAGCCGCGACAAGGAGCCCGAGGGCUUCACCGCCGACCUGGCCCGGUCCAACGGAGGGCCCGCCACCGCGCCGGCUCACGUCCCCCAGGCCAACGACCCCCAGGCCAACGACGCUCGAGCUAACGGCGCUCGAGCUAACGACGCUCAAGCUAACGACGCUCUGCCGUACCAGAACGGGACGGGCACCAUCCGGCGGCGCCCGGCCUCGUCGGAGGCCGCGGCCGUCACGGAGCAGCCGACGGCGGCGGCGGCGGCGCCCCAGAACCAGCUGCUGGCCCAGGCCUCCGCCGUGCCCCGCCGAGAGAGCCUGGACAAGGGCGCCGCCGACGGGGCGCUGGCGAGGAAGCCCAAGCCCCCGGUGUCUCCCAAGCCGGCGAUGGCCCAGAUCAAGAGGCAGGCGACGGCUCCCACGCAGAGGAUCCCCCUGCCGGGUCCCGGGACGCCUGGAAGCCCAGGAGAAGGGAGGAAGAUCCCGCCCCCGGUGUCCCCCAAGCCGGCGCCUCCGCCGACCGCCCCCAAACCCUCCAAGCUGGUCCACUCCAUGACCACCCCCGGACCCCCCGCCGCCGCCGCCGCCGCCGCCAUCACCUCCGCCCCCGUCCGGCAGCACUCGGCUCCGGGACGCCACGCGCCGGGCUCCUCCCCGCCGUCCCUCCUCUCCUCCCCCUCCCCCCCCGGCGGCCCCCCCGGCUCCUCCAGCCCCACGGCCCAGAGCCCCCACACCCCCCACACCCCCCUCACCCCCCUCACCCCGGGGACCCCCACCACCCCGGUCACGCCCGCCACGCCCAGCCCCACCCCGGCCCCCGUCAAACCCCCCCGCUCCUCCAUCGGGGGCGUGUCCGUGGACAGCGGGAUGGGGGGAGGGGGAGGUGGUGGGGGAGGAGGAGGAGGGGGAGGAGGGGGAGGGGGAGGAGGAGGAGCGGUGCAGAACGCGGUGGGCCACGGGGCGUGCCCCCCAGACUUCGGCGUGGACUCCCUGGUGCACCAGAAGCUGGAGGAGACGAGCGCCUCGCUGGCGGCCGCGCUGCAGGCGGUGGAGGAGAAGAUCCUGAGGCAGGAGAACGACUCUGUGGUGGAGCAGAAGAAGACAGUCAGCAUCCUGGAUGACAUCGGCAGCAUGUUCGAUGACUUGGCCGACCAGCUGGACGCCAUGCUGGAGUAACAGCCGCAACACCACGGCAACUGCAACUGCCGCCGCAUUCGCCGCAUAUCCAUGGCAACCACCGCAUCUCAAUGGCAACCAACGUAACUCCUUGGCAACCAUCGUAUCUCCAUGGCAACGGCGCAUCAGGAGCUUAUAAAAGGGAGACACAAUAAAGCUCUCUCUCUCUUCCGCUAUGUCACUUGCUCUUUCUCUUAUGCCCCCAAUCUCUCUCUCUCUCUCUCUCUCUCUCUCUCUCUCUCUCUCUCUCUCUCUCUCUCUCUCUCUCUCUCUUUCUGUCUCUGUCUCUGUCUCUGUCUCUGUCUCUGUCUCUGUUUCUGUCUGUCUCUCUCUGUCUCUGUCUCUGUCUCUGUCUCUCUGUCUGUCUCUCUCUCUCUCUCUCUCUCUCUCUCUCUCUCUCUCUCUCUCUCUCUCUCUCUCUCUCUCUCUCUCUCUCUCUCUCUCUCUCUCUCUCUCACUCUCUCUCUCUCUCUCUCUCUCUCUCUCUUCGUUGUAAUCCAAGUCAUUCCUGCUCCUGCCCUUCUCCGGAUGGCCAGACUUUUGGCAUCUCUCCUAUUGGAAUGUGGGAAAGCUCUUCUCCCUUCUCCCUUCACACUCUCUGCACAGCUCCAGCCUUUUUCUACUGCGGCUUUCCAUACGGACGAUGAUGAUGAUGAUGAUGAUGAUGAUGAUGAUGAUGAUGAUGACGGUGAUAGAGAUGAUGCACUGUCGGGGAUGAUGUGAUCCAGAACUUGACGGACUGCCCUGUCCACCUUUGGCGUCAGAGAGAGAGAGGUCUGGUCGAGGAGAGACGGACACACUGACAAAGAGAUGCAUAUGGAUUUAAUGGAAAGGGCGAGAGAGAGAGAGAGAACAAGAGAGAGAGAGAGAGAGAGAGAGAGAGAGAGAGAGAGAGAACACAUGUGAAAGCGAAUGUGUCUCAGCAAAGAGGACCAGGAGACUGCGAAACAGCAAAAAAGUGGUAUGAAAUUCAUGAGUUUGCUGAUAAAAAUCAGAGAUUGUUUUGAAACCCCUCGUCCACCCGUAAUACUGCUAGUACUACUGCAACGACGGAGACGAAAACAAGAGACAACUAAAGACUGAAAAAGAUAUUAAAAAUUAAAAAACAAUGGUGUAUUAAAUCAUAGUAUGGUAUGUGUAAAUUGUAAGCAUGGAGAGUUUAUAUCUACUGAAAAAGUCCUGCAUUAGCACAGUAAUAUAUAAAUAUAUAUAAUAUACAGAACAAUAAUGGGAACCUCUAGCUCUUUGGUUUGAUGUGUUGAUUCUGUGUGGAAUGGUGCCCUCUGGUGUUGUGAUGAUGUAAUGACUUGGUGGAAACUUUUUUUUAACCGUGACCAAAAUAAGACCAUUUCGCUCCUAAAGGCUUAUAAUGUAUGUGUGCGUGUGAAUAUAUGAGUCAAAUGCGCAUGUGUGAUAUAAGGUUUGCUUGUUUGUUUGUGUAUGUGUUUGUUUGUAUGUGAUUAGUCUGGAUGUGUGUGUGUGUGUGUGUGUGUGUGUGUGUGUGUGUGUGUGUGUGUGUGUGUGUGUGUGUGUGUGUGUGUGUGUGUGUGUGUGUUCGUGUGUGUGUGUUCGUGUGUGUGUGUGUGUGUGUGUGUGAGCGUGCACGACUCAUGCUAAUCCAUUCUCUAGAAAACACCGGCAGCAACAUUCAAAGCAUUGUCAUCGUUCAGCGAAUCAACCUUUACAUUUGCACACACAUACACACCCACAGACAAAGGCACACACAUGCACACACCUAGAAGAAGCACAAAGACCUUGGUUGUUAGUGACCUGGCACUACACACACGCGCACACCCACCCACAGAGGAGCCUGCACAAUGUGGUUGAGUGGCAAAGCUACCAGGAGGGGAGAAUUUCAACAAGGUGACAAGUACAAAGCCGGGGGAUACAUCUAGCAUUCUAUUUCAAACACAACCCUUAGGGAAUCAAGGAUCGAAGGUCGUAGUCUCGUGUUGAGGGAUGAUGACUGCGAGACCAUCGAUUCUAGGUUCGAAAUCCCAUAUACCCAGCCAUGUAGGCAUCCUUGACCAAGAAACCCUAACCCAUAGUUGCUCCUUCAUGUGUGUAAAAACCUCCCUGUAAGUCGCGUUUGAUAAAGUGUCAGCAAAUCGAAUAGAUGGUAAAUAUUUAGACGUUUCAGGUGGUGACAAGCAUGUGAAGGUUUGAUGGAGGGCUAAGACGUAGAUUAAGUGUUUUGAUUUCAUCGGUUGAGAUGGAAGGCUCAAAGGAAGUCCUUAAAAUGUCCUGAUGUGAAGCAAGUUGAUAGCUAUGCCAGUAGAGACUUCAGGAAGGAGAUGUAGGGAUGCUAUUGGAUCCAGCUAACUUACACUUGAUUCUGACGUACCUCCCUCUCCCUCAUGACUCAUGUCUCUCUCACUCUUUAAAUCUCCCUCUCUCUGUCUCUGCCCUCUCCACUCCUCUACCUUUCAACGACACACUCUCCCUCAUCACCUCCCCACAGAUACACCACGCGUUGCCAAGACAAUCGCUGUCGACACCACCGCACCAUGAUCACCAUUACACCAUCAUCAUCACUAAUACCAUUGUGACGGCUUGGUCGCAAUACAGCAUGCAUGGCUGCCUGACUGGUGCAGCUAGGAAAGAGAAGGGUCCCAUAGGCAGUUGAGACAGUUAGAAUUUACUCAGAGCAAAGCUCCUAACAACCAAUCAAAAACGUGCAUGAGUUGCCGUGCAACGUUUCCCGCCUCUUCUCGCCAUAUGAAAAGAAAAAAAAAAUGUAUGUGUUUUAAUUUUGUUUGUUUUUUUACAGUUCUGUCGAUAUUCAAAAUGAAUCCAGAGAAUAAUUGUGGUAUUUAAAUGAUUAUUAUAAAGAGAUUAUAUAUAUAAAUGGAUAUUUACGACGACAAAAAGAAGUGAAGUAUUUAAUGAUGUAUGUGUUAAACCUGAAGGCGUCUUUUCUUUUGUGUAGAAGCAGUCUGGCUUCUUUAUGCUUUGAUAGUGGUGUGAGGUGAUGACGUUAUUGUGAGACGCCAUUUUGGAAUAAAUGUCCAUUUCCAGGGAAAGCUUCUUUUUUUAACCCUUUCUUUUUUUAUUUUACAUGUGUCUAGGUGUGGCACUGGUAUAAAAUACAAUUAUAUCUCUAUCUUUGAUCGUUAUAAAUUUGUUUGUGCAAUAUUAUUUUUCUUUCAAACAUGUGCCUUGCCUUGUUGUCUUUUUUGUGUUAUGACCACAGAGGGGUACGUCUGCUGAAGGGGUUUGCAAAAAUGUAUUUAGGUUGUCAAUCUUAUGUUGAGGUUUUGUUUCCAUCAAGCUGGUCUGUUGCGUUCAGUGUUCAGCUAUGCUAGUGAACAUCCCGGAAUAAACGUGGAUUUCAAAAUCUUCCAACAUCAAUUGAUCUAAUACAACACAACUCCACCUCACCCACACACACACACACACACACACACACGCACACAGACACACACACACAAGGUCCUAUAACAUCUCUGAAUGUUACUAAUUCUCUUUCUGGUUUAUAUCAUCUUGUGAAAUCCAAUGGGUCAUAAAUUGGAAACAAUCAGAAUUAAACAAUUUGUGUUUUGUGGCUUUUAACCAGGUCCUUGACACUAAAUCAUCGAAAAAUCUCAAUCACCACGCCAAUCAUCCAUGUGGUGAAAAUGGAGACUGUUCCUUACAUAACUCCCCCUGUUCUAUGAAAGUUGCUGUUCACUCCGAUAUGGGAAUUGUAGUUGAGCCAGGUUAAAGGUCAGGCUAUCUCUCUCACAUAUCCUACACAAAAUAUAUCAUCUCUCAUCAUUGUGUGUGUGUGAAUGUGUUCUUUAUGGUAAAAAAAAUAUCUAUAAUUUUCUUUUGUUUAAAUACCUCUUCACACGCCAUGUGGCUCUUCUAAUAAUUUUUUCAAAGUACGUUUAUGGGAACGGGUUCGAGUCCAAGCAGGAAAAAAAGGGAUUAUAGAUUUUAAAAAAACGUACCCAAUACAAAUGGUCAAUGCGUUGUCGAACGAAGCUCAGUCUUUACUUCCACCCCCAGCGGUUUAUAUUUUGCUUGUCCGCAUUCCAAACUGAUACCCGAUUGGUAUCUUCUAUGCUCUGCAGUGACAGUGUGAGAAAGUGUUUGCAUGUGUGUGCGUCUGUAUGUGUGUAUAAGAGAAUGAGAUGCUACUUUGUAUGAUGUCUGAAUGUGUGUCUGUGAGUGAGUGUGUGUAUAAUCUAUUAUGGACAGUCGUGUGCUUGCAGUGACUGCAUUUCAUGGACAUCUGCUCUGAAUAAAUAAAUGUUCUCUACAAAAACAGCUUUCGCCUUCAUAAAUCUAUUUCAAUAUAUCUUUACGUAUAAUACACACAAACAUAAUGUAUAUGAUAUAUAUAUGGUAUUAAAAAAAGUUUAUAAUAUGCAUCCACUUAGUAUCUUGACAGAAACAGAAAAAAAAGAGAAUGGCCAUCAUCUGAAGCAUGUGCAUAUUCACACAAAAACGAUAUAAAUCUAUUGCUUUACUGGUUGGCCUCUUGUACCUUCAAUAUAAAAUGCGUAAUGCUAUCAUUAGUUUAGUUCAGUUUCAUAAGCAAUACAUUUCUUUAAAAAGAGUCAAAAGGCUUGUGUAAAGUGUACAACAGAUUUAUUGAUCGUUGAUCAAAUCAGGCUUACAUGUGUGCAAUGAAAGUAAUGAAUGACGGCGUGAUCAGUGUGUGACAUCUCCUCCCCCCACUUCCUCCUCCCCCCCUUACAUAACUGUAUCGAGUAUAUAUACUUAAGAAAAUAAAACCGUUGAAAUUGCUAAAAAAAAACAUUUUAACAUAACCACGUGAUUGUGCCAAGUUGAUGGACCUGUUAACCUCAUAGCAGUUAAUGAUGUGACACUUUACAUAGAAUUACAUUGAACCGGGUCAUUUGUCUUUGGUCAAUUUAAUAGGAAGCCUAUUGUCAACGACGUUUGUUUUACCAAAUAAAUUGAAUACAAGAUAUUCAUAUAUAUUCUGGUGGUUUAAAUGCAUUGAAUAGGUAACAGUCGAGUCCCCGUCAGUUGAGACAUCACUACUGACAAGAGGUUCUGACUGAACUCGUUUUACACAUAUUAAACCUGGUGACGGGGCAAAGCAAGAUAAUUUGGUGUCGGAACAAAAAUGUAAUUUCAGCCCGAACAGCGAGAUCCAUGAGAGCCACAUCCCCUUAAUGUUAACUUUAGGGCUCCAAUACCCAAUAAACACAGACAACCUCGCUUUUAUCGCCCCUAAGUCUCCUCCAGUCUUUUUCCACCACCCAUAUGGUCGUUUUAAGUAUAACAGUGACCGCAUCUCCUAGCACUCCGUGUUCAGUCACUGAGACUUUAGUCUGAGGUGAACAGUCAGACCUUCUUCCACACUGGGGUUGCAUGUGUCCGGGAGGUGACAUAGGAAGAGGAUUUGGAGAGAAGAACUGGUCGCCAUUUUCUUUUCAGACUUCAUCUGUGAAUAUGGCACUCAAAAAUUAACACACUGGCGCACACUCAUACACAACAGAGAAAGACAAACACAGAGAGAACGACACACACACACACACACACACACACACACACACCCAGGACAAUCCUUCUCCUACGACAUCCGCUCUUCCGGGCACAUAUUGAUGGUGUCACCACCAAUGUCAUUCUUAACUAUACAACCAUUUCAUUUUUAAAUGGCGUGGAACAAGCUUUAAAUCAUGGCACUAUUACAAAAGUCUGUUAACCUAGGAGGCCCGUUUGCCCCGUUAUACGAGAGAUCCCUUAGCUUAACAUUCUAGAAGGCGGUCAUUUUCACAAGAGACCCACAGGUAAAGUCCUGAAUGGAAGUCUGUGAGAAUAGAUAUAGGGGUCCAUACUGGCUUUUGUUCUUCCGCUUUCCACGAGCCAACUGAAGUCUGUAUCGAUUUAGAU